AUAAGUGUGGCCGCAGGCAAUCGAAAAAUAGCACCUUUUCAAAGAAAAUGGACUCCUCACCCACGAUCCGAAGCGUUCCUUUUUAAACAUUUUCGUCGCGGUGCUCAUCGUUCGUCUGUUUCAAGUGAAGUGAAAUCAGCAUAAUAUAUUGAACAAUGGAGGCUCCACAAGAAGGAAACGUAGACCAGGAGUCCUGCAACGAAAUCGAGGACGAUAAGUCUGGCUCCGACUGCCAGACGAUGCCGGCCUACAUGAACUCUGUUUUGCGGCGCCAGUAUCUGCAGGAGAUGGUCAAGGCUUUACCCCCUCCGGUUCAGAAUCGGAUUGUUGCCUUAAAGAACCUGCAAUUGGAGCAUUUGAAAAUCGAAGCCGAAUUCUUUGAAGAGGUUUACAAGCUGGAGCAGAAGUACCAGGUCCAGUACCAGCCGUUGUUUGACAAGCGCAAGGAGAUUAUUGGGGGCACGGUGGACCCAGCCGAAGAGAAGCCGAACUGGAAGGAGCAGGAGUCAUUGACCGAGAACGUGGACCUUGAUAGCCUGCGAGAAUCAAUACAAAAUUUAAAGAAUAUUCCCCAGGACGCCAAGGGCAUUCCCGGCUUCUGGCUGACUGUAUUCCGCAACACGGCCAUUCUUUCUGAGAUGGUUCAGACCCACGACGAACCAGCUCUGGGAAAACUGAUCGAUAUAUCAAUCAAGUACGAUAAUGGGCAUUCGUACACCUUGGAGUUCCAUUUCGAUAAAAACGAGUACUUCUCCAACUCGGUACUUACAAAACAGUACGUUUUGAAGUCCACUGUUGAUCCUGACGAUCCGUUCGCAUUUGAAGGUCCAGAGAUUUACAAGUGCACGGGGUGCACCAUCAACUGGGAGAAAAAGAUGAACCUUACCGUCAAGACAAUCCGGAAGAAGCAGAAGCAUAAGGAACGUGGCGCAGUGCGCACCAUCGUCAAGCAGGUUCCAACGGAUUCCUUCUUCAAUUUCUUCAACCCACCAGAGGUUCCAGCCAACGAGGACGAAAUUGAUGAUGAAUCUCAACAGAUAUUGGCCACCGAUUUUGAAAUUGGUCACUUCAUUCGGGCCAGAAUUAUCCCAAAAGCCGUGCUUUACUACACUGGCGACAUUGUUGAUGAUGAGGACGACGAGGAUGAGGAGGAGUUUGAGAAUGAAGAGGAUGAUUAUGACGACGACGAUGCCCCUCCAGCAAAAGGCCAAAAGCCUGCCGGUAACAAGAAACAGUCGCCCAACGACUGCCCGAAUCAGUAAGCAAAUUGAUAUGGCUGGUUUACCGAUAUAAUGUAUAUACAUAAUUCAAAUUUAAUUUGAAAUAUAUUUUUGGUGAAUUAAAACUUAA